AUGAGUAAAAACUGCAGCUUGCAUGCCUCUCAACAAGAAAAAAAAAUAAAAACACACACACAAGUGCAGCUACAGGAGAUGACACUCCAAAAAUUCUUUCUUUAGACAAGGAAGGAGAAGAUACAAAAAAUUCCAUCAAAAAGCAGAAUAAAAAACAAGAGGGGAGGAGGGUGCAGCUGUGCAUUCUUCUCCUCUCCCUCCACUAGUCUUGUUCUUGGAGUAGGUGUCCUGGAAGCUAAAAAAGGCCCCGCCUUUUGGCUCGUUCUUGAGACCUGCUCCGAGGGAGAGAGAGAGAGAGAGAGAGAGAUGGCGCGCACCGAGAAGGUUGCCGGCGAUGGCUGCUCCGGUGGUGGUGGUGGUGGUGGAGAAGGUCAGGUGGAGGUGGAGGUCGGGGUGGGGAUGGGGAUGGACGGGAAGGGAAUGAUAGAGUGCCGGAUAUGCCAGGAGGAAGGGGAUGAGGGCGCCAUGGAUUCCCCCUGCGCCUGCACUGGCACGCUCAAGUUCGCCCACAGGAAAUGCAUACAAAGAUGGUGUGACAAGAAGGGGAACAUCACAUGUGAAAUCUGCAACCAGGUUUACUCUCCAAAUUAUGUCCUCCCUCCAACCAAGUGUUGUUCAGCUGAAAUGGACAUGGAUCUUAGGCAAAGCUGGGUUGGACGAAUUGAUCCCCAUGAUUCGCAUUUUCUUGCCAUUGCCAUUGCAGAGCAGCAGCUGCUGCAAGCUGAAUUUGAUGAUUGUGUGUCCUCAAAUUCAAGUGGUGCCACAUGCUGCCGAACUGUUGUUUUAAUUUUGAUGUUACUUUUGCUUGUGCGCCAUGUAGUUGUGUUUGUGAGAGAUGUUAGCAUGCUGCAGGAUGCAACAGUGUUGUUUAGCGCAACUCUUCAGUUCGCAGGAUUCUUUCUUCCAUGUUAUGUUAUAGCCCGUUCUUGUUAUGCUUUUCAACACCGGAGGCGAAGACAGGUUUAGGGGCCACCUGAACCUGGCUGGAAGCAUUUACUCAAAACAACUCAACACCAUCACAGAGAGACGAGAGGAAAAGCUUGUGAAGAAGUAACUCAAACUCCCUUUGCUUGGAGCCUCUGCGAAAGAUUUGGCUUAAUUUCUCCCCCAACAAGAUGUAGUUGCCGAUUUAGACCAUGGGCCCUCGUGAAGCUCAACUGUACAUAGGAGAGCGACCCACCCCCUUCGGCAAAACAUUUAUGUUUUCGAAAUUGAAUUUUAGAGAAAAGAACAAGUGGAUUUAAAAAAUUUCAGUGUCUUUCCAGCUGUUAAUUCUUUCUGAAGAGAAGUGGUCGAUAUCGAAA